GCGCGAGCGUAGCCCAAGAAACGGCACCAUUUAUGGUGAUGGAUUUAAUCCACCGACAUCUUCAUCGAUCUUGCUCCGGAUACUUCCUUCGGUCCCGUCCUUGGAGGUUUUUUUUAUUGUCGGUCGGCAGAAUGGCUCCUACUUCAGGCCUCAGGACGAAGCGUCCCAGUCCAAUGCAUCCUCCACCUCCCGAGACACUCCUAUUUUCCAUCGUUACGGCAUCAUUUCUAUAUCACCUGGCGGCUUUCCCUAGGACCCUUCUUUUGAGAUCAAGAAACAAUGGCAGGUGGUUGUCAGGUUCCCGUUCGCAGCUAUUCUUGAACCGGCUCGUGAUCUCCAUUCUUUUCUACUUGAUGUCCAUUUAAGACCCAAAGGAAUCGAAUGGAUCGAUUCUAUACUAUUCCUUCCGGGCCACCAUGAACCGUCUAAUGUCAAGAUUCUGGAUAGGGCAGGGACAGUCUAGUACGCUUUCUAUCUCCUUUCUCUACGGUUU